AUGUCGGUGGAGAUGUGCGCCAUGGGCGCGCAGGCGCGCGCGCUGCAAGCACCGGCGCAGCAGACGAUCGUUGACGAGGGGCAUCCGCACCAGGUCUUUUUGGAAGAGGAGGGGAGCUGCUGGUCAAAAUCCUUCCCGAGCUGCCGCCCCGCUUCCCAGCAAGGAUUUGAGCUUUCGGCCUGCUCUGCGGGCUGUACCUGCGGAUGGCUUUGCUUGCCUGUGCACCUUGCAGUGGGCUGCGGCAAAGGACUGUGCUGCGGGCUGUCGCAGCAUCCCUUCCCCGAAUGGAGCUGCAGCUACUAUGUCGGCUUGCAGGUCAUGAAGAGCUUGGCCUCUCAUGUGCCGCGCAACAACCUCUACGCUGUGCAGGUUCUGACGGACGCUCCCAUGCCCACCCCGAUACUUCCUCCGGGCCUCGCUGUGCGUGAGGUGUGUGAAGGCAACGUCAGGGGUGAGUGGACCGAGCCUACCAAGUUGCAGACGGCCAAGACGCUGGUCUACUUCCACGGCGGUGCCUUCGUGCUGUGCCGCGCGCGGACUGAGCGUAUGAUCGUGGGGAACUUGGUGAAAGCGCUGGGGGGCUGCCGGGCCUUCAACGUGGAUUACCCCAAGCCGCCUUUGGCGCCCUACCCAGCGGCUUUGGACAACGCGCUGGAGGUCUGGGAGUGGCUGCUGGCGCAAGACGUCCGCCCCAAGGACGUGGUGCUGGCGGGGGACAGCGCCGGGGGGAACCUGGCCUUGGCGCUGCUGCUCAGGUUGCAGGCCACCGGGGCGGAGAUGCCGGCGGGGGCGGUGCUGCUGAGCCCCUGGGUAGAGAUGCUGCCCUUCUCCUCCAAAUCCUGGAAAGAGAACCACAAGUAUGAUUACAUCGGUCAAGAAGCCAUGAUGGAGCAGUUUGUUUCUAUGUACACUGCAGGGGCGGACCACCAGAGCCCUUUCGUGGCGCCGCUUUUUGCCAGCCCAGAGCAGCUUCAAAAGCUGCCCCCGCUGUGGAUCUCUGUGGGAGGGACUGAGAUGCUGCGCAGUUCCAUCGAAGGCUUUGCAUUUCGAGCCAUCCAAGCCAACUCAGACGUUCACCUCUACGUUGGUCCCGGUAUGCCACAUGUCUACCAGCUUUGCUUCUGGGCCUACCGCCCGCCCUCUGCGGAGCAGCUCCCUCGCUGUUGCUGGGCCUGCCAAACGCUAUGCCCAGACCAAUGCACCAGCGAAACGGCAGCUCCGGUUUGGGAGUCCAUGGAGCAAGCGCGGCGCUUCGUGUGGUCCAGAAAGGUCUGGGGUUGA